CAUUUAGGAUCCCACAAAAAAAACAACAAAAAGCCCACUCAAGAAAUCAUGUCAGAAAUCCGCCCUUUCAAGAUAGCAGUACCCGAGGGAGAGCUCGCAAAGCUCAAAGCCAAACUGAAUGCCGCGUCCCUGCCGCCGGAAACGGCCUUCUCCAACGACUGGGAGCGCGGAAGCCCUCGGGCGGACGUGAAGCGUCUCGUGGCACGCUGGAGGGAAGGCUUCGACUGGCGUGCGGCAGAGGCGGAACUCAACAAGAUUCCUCAGUUCACAACCAGCGUCGACGUCGAUGGGUUUGGCAGCAUGGAGAUGCACUUUAUUCAUCACCGGAGCCAAGAUGAGAAUGCCAUCCCGCUGUUGUUUUGUCAUGGAUGGCCUGGUGGCUUCUGGGAAGUCAGGAAAUUACUCCCGUUACUUACAUCUCAAAAUGUGGGAGAGCCGUCUUUUCAUGUGGUAGCACCGUCACUUCCAAACUUUGGCUUCUCUGAAGAGGUCACCAAGCCUGGCUUCAAUGGCAGAAAGUACGCCGAGGCAGCACACAAGGUAAUGCUACGGCUCGGUUACGACAAGUAUGUCACUCAAGGUGGUGAUUGGGGUUACAGGAUCACACGGGCCCUUGAUCAACUGUAUCCGGAAAACGUCCUCGCCUCACACAUCAACAUGAUCCUCGCAGAUCCCCCUACCCUGCUCCAGCAUCCCAUCUUGUACCUCCGCGCCCUGCUCACCCCACACACGGCAUCCGAGAAGGCCAUGGUGGCAAACGUCAAGAAGAUCAUGGACAAUGGCAUGGGCUAUAACCUCCAGCAGUCCACCAAGCCCGCAACCAUUGGCUUCGCCCUCGCCGACAGCCCCGUCGCGAUGCUGGCGUGGCAGUACGAGAAGCUGAUAGGAUGGAGCGACGACGACUACCGCUGGACCGACGACGAAGUCCUCACCUGGGCCUCGCUGUACGUCUUCUCCCGACCGGGACCGGCCGCCAGCGUGCGCAUCUACUACGAGGACAAGAUGGGGGCGGACGGAUUCGGCAGGGACAGUAGGGGCAUCAAGGAGUCAAAGAGGUGGAACGGGGCUGUGCCGCUAGGUCUCUCGUCGUUCCCGCGCGACAUGGGUGCUCUCAUUUCUUCUGGGAGGACUCUAGGGCCUGUUGUUUUUGAGAGGGCGCAUGAGAAGGGUGGUCACUUCCCUGCGACCGAGAGGCCUGAGGUGCUGGCUGGCGACCUCAAGGAUAUGUUUUCGCUCUCGCCGGGAGGGUUUGGGAGGGCGGUUCAGGAAAAGUUGAAGUCGAAGUGACAUGGACCAACAGUACUGGAUUAAGAGCAGCCAGGCUCCUUCAAAAUAUGUCUCCGAUGCUAUUCCUCCUCGUCCUCUACACAAGCGCAAAUACAUCGGUCUGCGGAGCCUUCAUAUAUUGUGCUGUCUCGAAGACGAAGCUGCUGCUAUAUUUCCUCACCAUACCCACGCCCGCCACGGCGAUCUCCUUGUUCCUGUUGACGGAACAUUUGGCUGGGGUGCUGGGCCGGCACCUAUCACAAUAAGAAAAACACUGGUGAGGACGCAUGCGUGUUGGUGAGGAGGGAGGUGGUUGUUCUUUUUUUCUGCGGAAGCCAAACAAAACGCCAGUCACUUCGCGCACGUGGAAUCGGCAGAUCCGCAGUUCCCUUGAUAGGGCUGUUUAUGCCAUGGCUCAGGUCGAUCGGUGGCCCUUAUAUUUGGUUAGCUUUCAAGAGGGCAACAUAGGCCCUUUGCGCCUCUUUUCUAUUGGUAUAGAGAAAAGUGUUGACCGGUCAAUGUCUUUGAGUAGUCAUGAGCCAUGCAGGCAGUAGAUGAUCCCAUUUGCACAGUGAAAAGGUAGUAAGCACCUGCAGUUGGGAUGCGCGUUGGCAUAACACUUAGUUACAGGCCCUUUUUUUUUGUGAGAUCUGGUUUAUUAGUAUAGCAAUUUGGUACAGAA